AUGUGUGUUUAAAAUCCACAUUCAUCCCCCCCUUCUUGGAAGCAACAAAGCAGCAGCCAUCCUCCUAUUCUCCUACUUCCUUUUAUCUUCUUUUCUCACAACUACAGAAGUAUAUAAUAAAACUCUAGUCUCUCCAUUAUCAUCCAAUUCCAUCAUCAACUCUUCCCGCACGACUUUUCUCUUCUUUUUUCUUACCCCAACAUUUGAACAAGGAUAGAAACAAACAAUGGUUACUAAAGAUGAUUCCAAACCAAUUUUGAUUAGGAGUGUUUGGGCUUCUAAUUUGCAUUCUGAAUUUCAAUUAAUUACCACUUUAAUUGAUCAUUACCCUUUCAUUUCUAUGGACACUGAAUUUCCUGGCGUUAUCCACCGUCCCCACAAACCCAACUCUUACGCCCAUCGCCGACCCUCCGAUCUUUAUCGCUUCCUCAAAUCCAACGUUGAUGAUUUAAAUCUCAUCCAAGUUGGGCUUACCUUAUCCGAUGCUUCUGGUAAUCUACCUGAUUUGGGUACCAACAAUUGCUUCAUCUGGGAGUUUAAUUUCUCUGACUUCGAUGUGGAACGUGAUCCUCACGCGCACGACUCUAUAGAAUUACUCAGAAAACAGGGUAUCGAUUUUCAAAGGAACAAGAAAGAAGGGAUUGACUCCGAGAGAUUUGCUGAGUUCAUGAUGUCUUCUGGAUUAGUUUGCAAUGACUCAGUGAGUUGGGUUACGUUUCACAGUGCUUAUGAUUUUGGUUACUUGAUUAAAAUUCUCACGCGCCGUCGUUUGCCGUCUGAUUUAUACGAGUUUUUAGCUUUGAUGAGAGUGUUUUUCGGCAACCGGGUUUAUGAUAUUAAAUAUAUGAUGCGCUUUUGUAAUUGCUUGUACGGUGGAUUAGACCGGGUUGCUAAGACACUGGAAGUAAACCGGGCGGUUGGGAAGUGUCAUCAAGCCGGUUCAGAUAGCUUACUGACGUGGCAAGCAUUCCAAAAAAUCGUACAAGUUUAUUUUGUAAAUAACGUUCCCGAAAUGCACGCUGGGGUUCUAUAUGGACUGGAGGUGUACUAGUAUUUCAGUGGUGUAACGUUUUAACUGUACUGAAUUCAAUGAUUUAAUAGUUGAUUAUAUUAAUUAAUUAAUUCUUUAUUAGUAAUAAGAUAAGGUUAUGUCAUUGUUGACAA